AAAUUUUGAGGUUAUUUUUGAAGUUUCUAUGUGUUAUGUGAAAACUUUAAUUACAUACCGUACCGUUUGUCAAAACUAUAAAUUAACUCUUCGAUAAGGAUAGAAUAGAUGUAAAAAUCGAUGAAUAAGCAAAUUCAUCAAUUGCCAACACUGUAUAACACUUCAUUCAUUUCAUAUUGAAAUAAGUUUGAGGUACAGUUCGAGCAGCCUUGAGAGCCCAUGGAAACACCCCUUGCUCAAAGUAGGCAUCAAUUACCACGAAAAAGGGAAGAUGGAUGUCACACUGAAGAAUUUAAGUGAAACAUGGUGGAUCGAGGUGUGCAAGAAGGUGAAAAAUGCAGUGGUGUUCAUAGAUGGAACAAUGGCUGAGUGUUUGCAUUGGCAUGGUGGAGUCAAUCGUCUUUUCGAUUCGGGUGCUUUAGCUUGCAAAGAGUUCUCUUCUUUUGAGAGUGUGCCAGAAACGCACCGAAAAGCGGUUUUCAUAGUGGGCAGCGCGGUUGUGGCGACGGCCAAGGCAAUCCUGCGAGACAUCACCACCGCCCACCACUUCCACUACUGCGUCGUCAUAACGGCUGCCUCGGCCGGGGUGCACAUGUUCGCCGAGAAGCAUCAGGGCGACAACGACAUGGCUGCCUUCCAUCACUUGGAAAGUGAAAUGCUAACCUGGAUGAGGAACAAGAAUUACACUGUGGAGCUGUUCAGUUUCCCGUUGAUUUCAGUUCCUAUCACGCAUACAUUGUUUGUAAUGCCUCCUUUCAAAGAUAUGUUCCCGUUCAGUUGUGGAGGCUCAGAAACGGCCAAUUCUGAGUUUUCUAAACUACCGUCCGAUUUGAAAGUUAGUGUUCUUCAUCUUGCUUCGUCGCUACAGAGUAUCUUGUCACAAUUAGAUAUGCAAGAGGAUAUUUACAGUAUGGGAAAUUUGAGCACAGUAAUAGGCAAUUGCCUGGAAAAUCAUCCUCUAACACCUAUGAGGAGGAAGAACGCGUCACAACGAUCAACACUGAUCCUGAUAGACAGACAUCUGGACAUAGCGAGUGUCUCCAAGUUCAACCUGGACAAUAUGCUGGACCGAAUUCGCGCCUCCCUCCCCCCUCUACCCGGGCAUAGUUGUGAUGUCGCCGUGGAUAUGACGCCCAUCAGCAUUAGCAAACAAAAGCAAUCGAUUUCGCCUGGCUGCCUGGCACAUCCCGAUUCAACUGUGCCUGUUUUCGAUUGGCUUCUUAGUGGCAAACAGAAGGAUGUUCUGUUCAAUUUACAGAAAGAAGUGUUUGAUACAAUACCAACCCGGAAUACACCUCAGUCUUUCAAAAAACAGAUAUCAUCCACGUUCUCUGGGCAGUGGGAUCUCAUCAUCAACAAGUGUGGCAUCUUGCAGCAAUCUCUGGCUGUUGUUGAAUCUCUGACGUCAGCUAAUAACACAAAACUUGAAAUGGUUGUCAGCAUUGAACGGCUACUUCUCCAAUCGAUUGCGGCUGAUAAUAAUACGACUGGUGCCUUACAACAGUUCGUCACAUUGAUCAAGAGCAGACAUGAAAGAAAUCUAUCAAUCGACCUACUAUUAACAAUUCUUGUCCAUCUGUAUUCGCUGAUUGGAACUGACUACGAAAUUUAUGCCGACACUGAGAUGUUAGUUCAAACUGAGCUAGCUCACGCCAUUUACUCUGACCGAAAUGAUUUGUCUGAUUCCGUUUUAAAUGUUAUUGUUGAGCCGGAUUCAAAUAUAGAGUCUAUUGAAAUGUUUACUAGAGAUAUAUUUUCCAUGCUUCGUAGACUUUCAUCGUCUAGGAAUGAUUUGAAAAGAUACAAGAGUCUUCUGAGGAAUGAAGGUCCAUUACAGCCUUUGACACAUUUCGGUUUAAUAGAACAACUCAUACUUGACCUGCUUGAUUCAAGAUCGACUUUCAUUCCUGAUCUAGUCACUACAAGUUCAAAUCUACGAUCAGGAUUCAGUUUACUGAAGAGACCCGCCAAACAUCCGAUGGACAACAGGAACAUAAUAUUUUUCGUAGUUGGAGGUUUGACUGGCCAUGAAACACGACUGUUGACCGAAUCAAUGACAGCUGCUGGCAAAAAUGUAUUUGUUGGAUCAACGAGGCUUCUUUCUCCUUUUGAUACACUGAAAUUUCUAAUUCAGUCCUCUUAUUGAACUAUCUUCUGUUGUUCAACUCUUUUUGUUACUGUUGCUUAAAUAUAUAUAUCCAUGUAUUAUUAA